AGAAAAAAAUGGUAGAGAGAUAGCAAUUUUGACUUUGACAUUUUAAGAAACUAAUGAUGAUGAGCCCUUUACUUUUGGCACUUAUAUACAGCCGGAAAAGCGAAGACCGAGUACAACUCUUUGGAAAGUUAAGCCACUCAGUCAUGCUAAGUUACUGGACUUUUUUGCCACUGUUUUGUGGUGCACUAGUAGUCCUGGGACAGGUUCAGACCAAGAAUAGAAAUGAAACCGAAAUAGAACCCCGGAUUGUGGGCGGAACCAAGGCGAAGGAGGGACAAUUUCCCCAUCAGAUUUCCCUGCGUCUUCGCGAUGAACAUUAUUGCGGUGGCGUCAUAAUUUCCAACAACUACGUCAUCACCGCGGCUCAUUGUGUUAAGCAUGGAAAUGAUGUACCUCCUGCUGAUCUGUGGUCGAUUCAGGCGGGAAGUCUGCUCCUCUCGAGUGGCGGAGUUAGGAUCCCUGUGGCCGAAGUUAUCGUACAUCCCGAGUACAAGACCGACGGCUCUUUCGAUCUGGCCUUGCUUCGACUGCAGAACUCGCUGACAUUCGAUUCCAACAUCGCUGCCAUCCCACUGGCCACCGAGGAUCCGGCUGUCGGUUGCUCCGUGGACAUUUCCGGUUGGGGAAAAGUAUCCGAAAAGGGAGCCCUCUCCGACAGCCUGUUGUACGUGAAGACGACCCAUUUGUCGCGGGAGAGAUGUCGCUGGUGGUAUCGCCGUUUGCCCGAGACCAUGAUCUGCCUCGUGCAUCCCAGCAACAAGGGCGCCUGUUUCGGGGACUCCGGCGGACCGGCCACCUACAACGGCAAAGUGGUGGGCCUGGCCAGUCUCCUGCUCACCGGUGGCUGUGGACGAGCCGGUCCGGAUGGCUACCAAAAGAUAUCCACACUGAGGUCCUGGAUCGUGGAGAAGGCGGGCUUGUAAUGAUUCAGUGGCACUGGUCCAGCACACAAGUGCAUUUUAAAUAUUAAAAAAUAAUGAACAUUUUAAAAAUAUAAAAGUUAACCCCGUUAUUUAA